AUGUCAGAGGGAGUUAUGGCAGUACAGAAGCUUGAAACUAUAGUGAGGAACACGAAAACUCAACAACUGACAGGCCUACUUCAAGAUGCAUGCCGUUUUAUUCUUUCUCACAAGCAGGCCAUUGAGAUUGCCCCCUUACACGUCUAUGCAUCAGCACUCAUAUUCAGUCCCAUCCAAAGCCUUGUCAGAGAGUUCUUUAAGGAAGAAAAGCCAGAUUGGAUUACAUUAGAGCCAAGCAUGGAAUCAGACUGGGAUGCUUGCUUGCAGACACUCGAGGGCCGUAGUUUUCUUGUGACUUCAGUUGUGUUCUCAAAGGAUGGCCAGCAGCUUGCAUCUAGUUCAUGGGAUAAGACAAUCAAGAUAUGGGAUGCAGCAACAGGUGCGUGCCUGCAGACACUCAAGGUCGGGAGAAUAUCAUAUCAUCUUUCGUUUGAUUCGAUGACUAACACUCGGCUCUCUACUGACAUUGGAUUAUUGAAUCUGGAUCGAUUUCCCACCAUUGAUAAUCGGUUGACUGAGACUGCUUCACGAUGUGUUAACCACUCUGGCUAUGGUAUAAGUACUGAUGGGAUGUGGAUUGUGAAAGAUGGUCAGAAUAUGCUUUGGCUACCGCAGAAUAUCGACCGUACUCUUCGGCCGUAG